AUGUCUCUUUUGAGUCAAAAAGAGAACCUUGCUGCUGCGGGGACUGGUCUCCUCCUCCCUCGGCUCUGGUGGCCGCCGGCCGGCAGAGCAGUGCGUCGUGAAGGCUCGAGCGGGCACCGGGCAUUGUGCGAAGGGGGAGCUGUCCGAGGUGCUGACCCGCCCAGCUCGCGGCCAGCCGUGCCCGGAGCACCCGCCAAAUCCGACUUCUUCAAGUCCUGGCCAUCCUCCCCCCGCCGUCCCGUCGGUCCGUCUGUCCCCCGAGGGGCACCGCUGCUGGAGGAAAUAAUGGUCUUCGCUCCAGGUGAGAAGCCUGGAAAUGAGCCUGAAGAGGUGAAGCUGCAGAAUGCCAGCAAGCAAAUUGUCCAGAAUGCUAUCCUGCAAGCUGUACAGCAAGUCUCCCAGGAGAGUGGGCAGGGGAGAGAGCCAGCCAGAGACCACAGGGGCAGCUUCCAACUGGGAGUGGGGGGAUUAACCAAGAAGCAUGAAAAGAAGUAACACUGGAUUUGGCUUUUGUCAUAGCUUGAUUUUUCAGCCUUUCUCUUAGUGUAAAAUGCAUCACCAAAAUGUUGCCAAUAAAGCAAACCAUAGUGUCAUUGGCACUUAGAAGUAGAAUGAAUUCGCCCUGGUGCUUGACUGAGCACUUUGAACAAGUGUGUUUGGUGAUUUUGUAUCUAUAAUGUAGUACCUCUGAAAUGGAGUGGAACCAGACAAGACAUCAUAUUUGCAAC